AUGGCAUGGACAUGGGACGAUCAGGAGGCAUGUGUCGUGUGCCCCAUGCUGUUCAACGUCACUGGAAGCUUGAUAGUCACCGAAGAAGCGUCAUUGCAGCUGAAAAGGGACGGCUGA